GCGCCUCCUAUUGACCAAACUCUCUACAUAUACGGCUCUGCGGCUCUGUACAGCAUCCAUUCAUCCAUCUAUCGACGGAUUGAAUGUUUUCCUUCGGUCGCCCCACAGAUAGUGGUUUGCCCGUUCACGUUCAUCUGCACGGGCUAGUUCCCCGCUGGUCGUCCUACGACACCUCAUAACAUUCCCAAAAUUUGCAGAUGCCUCCCCGCGAAGAGUUAGCGGCUCAGUGAAGCGUUUGGGCGGCCUCUCAAAGUCCGAGGUGCAAAUCCCGAGCAGCAUGGCCGGUGUGCCUUCGGGCGAGUACGUCCGCGAGUCGGACCACUUGCAGCGCAUCCCCGAGUUGACCGUGGGCCCGAACAUCCGUGCCGCUCGGAACCAGCACUACGACUUCUCCCAGCUGCCACCCACGAUGCUCGCCCAGGGAGACGGGGACCGGCCAAACCUCAAGGAACCGGACAUAGAGCCAAUGCAACAGUACUCGGAUGUUGGAUUUAGACUGGCCAGUAUCCUGAUCGAGAAUCUGGUUGCUCAUCCUUGCAUCGUCUUACGAAGACAGUGUCAGGUACACCGGACCGCGCAGAAGUACCACCUGACACCGUUCACGUUGUUUCCCGUCAUCGUAAAGCUUCAGCAAAGACAGGGCCUCAUAACGCUGUGGAAGGGAGCGCCAAGCAUGUUUGUGGUUCGAGGCCUUGCGAUGGCGACGGAGACCGUGUUGUCAGAGUGCACCCCCCUGCCUCGGGAAGUGACGUCGCGCAGCUCGCUACAGCAGAUUGCACAACAUCUGGCCCUGAAGAGCCUCACAUUUGCGGUUGUGACACCUUUCUGCUGCGCCAGCCUAGUUGAGGUUGUCCAGUGCGAUGUGGCCAGCGAGAAGCCCGGAGUGCUGGACUGCCUGCGGGAGGGCCUGGGUCGGCUGUGCCGCUGGGGGGCCCCCAGCAGGGGCCGCAUGCUGCCCUUCUGGAAGCUGGUGGGCCCCACCGUGGCUCACGGGGUGCUUCACCACCUGCUCUCCUCUCUCGUCCGCUCGGUGGCCACCUGGCUGCUGGAGUUGCGCUCCCGGCAGCAGAGGCGCCACAUUGGAGACCGAAUGGGGGCGAUUCCGAGGACGGUGGAGCUGUCGGAGAACUACUUCCACGACUUGCUGGCUGCAUUCGCCGGGAACCUGGUUGCAGACGUCGUCCUCUUUCCCCUGGAGACUGUGGUACACAGGCUGUACCUGCAGGGAACGAGGACCAUUGUGGACAACUUGGACACAGGCUCCUCGGUGACCGCGGUCAUCUCCCAAUACCGGGGUCCGGUGGACUGCUUCCAGUCCAUCGUGGCAGAAGAAGGAGCAGCGGGGCUGUACAAGGGCUUUGGAGCCCUCGUGCUCCAGUACGCCCUGCACUGCGCGCUGCUCAAGGUCACCAGGGCGUUGUUCCAGGAACUCUUUUCAGGCCGCCAAGUCCGGCCGCGGCAGGUGUGAACGCCGGUCGCGUGCGAGCCCGAAGGUCUCGAAGAAGUGCUCUUGUGUCUCCGCGCACCACGUGAUUCCGAGCAGUAUGCCUUGGUAGACAGCAUACCGUAAAUUUACACUAAUCAUGAUUAGCUCGGCGCAAGUUAAUCGUAAUUAGGUAGCUCGAUAUGAACUAAUCACAAUCAGCUUGUGCGAGCUAAUCGUGAUCGACCUGGGGCACCUAACCGUGAUUAGUAGGGACAAGCGCCAGCCUCAAGCCAAUUGCAACUAGCUUGGGAGUGCUCAUUUCCUCAAGCUGGGUGUGCAAGCGAGCGGAAGAACUUGCAACAAAGCGAAAGCACAAGACUGAGGAACCGCAAAAAGCAGACGGAUUUUCAACGCUAACCCGCGGCCAGCUUUAUUUACAAAGCUGUUCGUGUAGGGGCAACUUUUCUUGGAGAGAAAAAUCUGUUUUUCAUUUCAAGCUUUCUAAUUGAGGAACAUUUGUCCAAAAAGUUACAGUACAACAACUUGAUCUCUGUUGGCCGACCUGCGGAUGUCGCCGGCGUAAUUUGCGAAGGAAUAUUGCUUUAAAACACGUGGUGCAAUCGUGCCGGGUUUCACGUUCAGCGAUGGCAGCCUCGAUGGGGAGUGAAGCAAGACGUCCGCCCGGGCGAGAUGCUGCGUCUCAAGUGUCAUUUCUGUUUGAACUGCAUCGCAAUGACGAGAAAUUUCGUUGGACUAUUACUAGUAUUUCUAAAGCACUUUUACUAUUACGCCUCGUUUUGUGGACGGGUACAGUGUAGAACAGGAAGUAUUUCAGCCGAGCGAGCAGGGCAGCAAGCAGUUUUGAAAGCAUUCUUGUGUGCCUGUUAAGCAAAAAGCAGCAAAAAGAAACACACUGCGACGAAUUCAGUUUACAGACAUUGCAGAUUUUUGAGUGCACCCUCUUGAACCAAGCGCUUUCACCACAAAUACUAAGAAAUGUUAGGCUCCGUAAGAGCACUACAUCUGCAAAACCUGCGACAAUACAGCCAGUGAUUAUAGUCUGAUCAGAGCAUGUAGGUCUGUGGUCUGUGUCAAAAUCCUGUUUGUUUUUCUAUUUGAUAUGCGAAAAUCGUUUCCACUCGUGCCAAGAAUGAGACCGUUCUUACUAGCCGCUUCGUAGCAACUCGGAGCUUGCACAGCAAUUUCACCUUAAAGUAACGGAGCAACUUAUUUAUUUCCAUGAAAUGUGUAGUAAAUAUUUCUAUGGUUUCCAAUGUAGAGAAAUAUUGAGGUGAUGAUGCCAGUUUGCUUUUUCCAAAGAGUGAAAGAAAUGAAAUAAAACGAUGGAUGUCCGAAUCGGGGAA